AUGUCUGUGGGCCUGGGGCAGUGCAGGAGCAGUAUAAAAGCAGCUCCUUCUCCUCACUCUCUCAUCCACUCCUCUCGCCUCCAUCUCCUUCAAUACAAGGUGCACCUGCAGCCCCAAGCCAUGUCCUGCUCCACCCGGUGCCAGCCCUGCCAGCCCUGUGGGCCCACCCCGCUGGGCAGCAGCUGCAAUGAGCCCUGUGUCAGGCAGUGCCAGGACUCCACCGUGUUCAUCCAGCCCUCGCCCGUGGUGGUGACCCUGCCUGGGCCCAUCCUCAGCUCCUUCCCCCAGAACACCGCCGUGGGAUCCUCCAGCUCUGCUGCUGUUGGCAGCAUCCUCAGCUCUCAGGGAGUGCCCAUCAGCUCUGGGGGCUUUGGCCUCUCUGGCCUGGGCAGUGGCAUCUGUGGCAGGAGGAGCUUCCCCUGCUAA